AUGUCAAUCGGCAGAAUUACAUUACCGUACAAUAUUCCUCUCUGUUUCAUAACUGGAGAAACUGCACAUCAGCAUAUCAUCACAGCCUCCAGCCACGCAUGAGUGCUGGAUAUGUACCAGGCAAUGCUGAGGGAGACCAAGCACUUCAGAGCCAACAACUACAGAACUUACACCAGCAGGAGGAUGAGAGAUGUCUUCAGAGAAAAUAAGAAUGUAAAGGAUCCUGUAAAAAUUCAACCCCUAAUGAAUAAAGCCAAAAGAGACCCUGGGAUAAUCCACUGACAGGUCCACAUUGGCCAACUGUAUUUGACUGACAAGCUUGUCAGUUAGAAUCAAGAGAAGCCCAGGACCUAG